AUGAGCGUCUCGAGCAUCCACUUUGUCCUCUUCGCCUACCAGACCGACUCGGGAGAGAUCUUUGUCAGCUGCGAAGACAAGUCGACCAACGGCCUCGUGUGGAACGGCUCUCGCAUCCGCAACACCAGCGUGCUGCUCAGCGAUGGCGACCAGAUCCAGGUGCCUGGCUCCCAGACCUUCGUCUUCACUCAGAUGACCGGCUACUCACGGGAGUCCAACACCCGCAAGCGGGUGCGUACGGCGACGGCGGCUCGUGGGUCUGGCACGGGCGGCGAGCUCACCACUGAUCCGAGCUUCCACCCGUCGCCGAUCGAGUCUCGCGACGGCACCUUCAGCGCGUUGAUCGCGGCCGACAAGAUCUGCAUCGUCAACAGUGGUUCCUUUGGCAAGGUCUACCUGGCCUACGACGAGGUUGCUCGACGGCAAGUCGCAUGCAAGGUGCAGAGCAAGACGGCGGGGAACAAGGACAAGACGGGCAUGGAUCUGAAAUGGGAGAUUGAGCCCAACAUCAAUGACCUGUACGACGUCUUUGACGACGGGCAGAGCAUGCACCUCUUCUUGCAGCUCGUCGUGGGUGGCGAUCUCUUCGAGUACAUCGUGCGCCAGCGCCAUCUGCCAGACGACGUGGCCAAGUGGCUCUCACCUACCUGCAUUCGAACGGCAUCGCUCAUCGAGCCCGAAAACAUCCUGCUGGUCCGAGGCGGCACCGUGAUGCCGCACGUCUUGCUUGGCGACUUUGGCCUCGCCUACGAUGCGGCCGCACGGGAUGCCGGCCAGGACGAACAGGAGCCGAUUGACCCAGAGGGUGUCAAUGGCACGGGCGUGAGCGUCGGAAAGGCCCACGGCACCUUCUGCAGGACCAGGUCGCACGUCGGCACGCCGUCGUACCUGGCACGCGAGGCGCUCCUCUCGCGCUACACGGGCGAGCCGUACGACGCCUUCAAGAUGGACUCCUGGAGCCUCGGCGUGAUGCUCUUCUUCAUGCUACACGGGAUGCAUCCGUUCGACUACGGCAGCGCCGAGCCGAUGAUUGUGACCAAGUCGCUGAUCGAGCGCCAGCUCAUCCUCGACGGCGAGGUUGAGCUACCGCCCGGGCACCGUCACGACGACAUUCUGGCUGAGCAAGCCAGCCACCCGAGCGCCCCUCUGAUCCAGCGGAUCCUACGCCUCGAGCUCUUCUGGCCGCCACUGGCAGACGGCGAGCGGAUUAGCGAGAUGGCGCAGAAGCUCAUCGUCGAGCUGCUGAACCUCGUGCCCGAAGAGCGGCGGUCGGUGACGAGCAUAGUCGAGUCCGAGUGGGUCGCCAGCGAGGCCGAGGAGCUCAAGUCGGCCUACGACAGAAUCGUCCAGGCACCGUGA